UCUCUCUCUCUCUCUCUCUCUCUCAAUUUUUACGUUCUUUGCCUUAUGUUUGAAGAAAAUGUUUGAUUUCAAUGCAUCUUUUUAUUCACUAGUCCUUGAAUUAGUUGCCUAUUGCAUGUGUUAUUAGAUUGUUUACAUUAUAAGUUUCCAAAAACUCCAAUACAUGUUUAUCCACUUGGGUUAAUCUCCCUCUCCCUAUAUGUAUGCAUACACUAGCAACAUGCUAGCUUGAUAUGCAGGAUUCAACAAUUAAAUGAAUUUGGUGAAUUUCACUUUACGAUUUACUCCAUGUGUAGUUUAUCCUUUGAUAUAUGGAAAUAAGCACACAAACCCCUAUGGUUUGUGAUUGCUAAACAUAGAAUUUGAAUUUGAAUUUUGAAUAUAUAAGACACUUGUCCGGUGAAUAUCAUAGAGCAUUGAAGACAUGAAAUAUGGAAAUAUGGUUUGAAGAUGCAUUCGUCUUUAAUAUUUGAAUAAUUUGAAUCUUGUUCUUAUUUAUGCAAGCAUGCCAAUGACAUGAUAUAAUCAUUAAUAUUUAUUUUUUGGGUCAUUUGGAAAUGUUAAUGUGUUACCAAAAACUGAUUCCGAGAAGCAAAUGUAGGCUUUAAGUGUUUUUUUAUUUAUUUACCAGUUUGCAUUGUGUAUUAUAUUUCUCAAACCAAAGCAUCCACAACCACUUAUAUUCACAAAUAUAAAACAUAAAAUGUAAAAAUAUUCAUUAAUUCACAUUCAAAUACAAAAAUACCUCAUAAAUAAUAAAAACCAAAACAUAUAAGUAUUACACAAAUAAAAUGUACAAAUCGAAAUCUUUUAUAUACAUUCUGAGAAUACUUUGCCCAAGAUUUGUCUUCAUUGAAUAUCACUGAGUCUGCCCUCAAUGAACAAUGUUUUGCAACUAAACUACAAAAUAUCAAAAACUUGUUAGAAACUCAUAAUAGUACUAGCAAAUCCUUCAAGUACCAAUUAACUACAUUGUACAUUAUUGCGCAAUGAAGCUUAUGGAUGUGAAUAUGAUUACUUCAUGGUGUUUCUUUGCUUUAUGUAAUCUUUUCCAGUUCAUGACAUAUCAUUAUGUAAAUGUUAAUUUUUUUUUUUCCCAAGAGCUAAUCCCAGAAAUCUAUUGUCUCAUUAAUCUAUAUGCUUUCUUUUUUUUUUUUCGUGUGUGUGUGUGUGUGUAUGUAACGUUGUUGUUCCAUUAUACUGAUGUUGCAUAGAUAAUAUCCACCUAAUGGCUAGUUUCUGAAUUCAAUAUCAUAAAAGCUUGUUUCCAUGAAUUCUUUGUAUUUAAAUGCUUAGCUUCCAACGGUUAGCUAAGAAGCACAGACGAAUACGACACGAACACGCUGACUUGACAAUAUUCUAAAACUAUAGGACAAUAUUUAAGUAAUGGACAUGUGUUCCCUCUAAUUGAGUCUAUAAUUUUUUAUUUUAAAAAAAAGAAAAAAGAAAAUAUGUUUGGAUGAGUGUCGGACACAUGUUAGGUAGUAUCUGAUGAGUGUCGGUGUCUGACAUGAACAUGUCACCAUUUUAGAAGUGUCCGUACUUCUUAGAUGGUUAGUUUUUGUAUUCUAUGAAUGGCCUCUCUCUCUCUCUCUCAAACACUUGAAGGGUCUUGAUAUUUUUGCAACUAGAGCCAUCAAAUUGUUAUCCUCCCAUCUUGUUUCAAAAAGGAUAUGCUCAAUGGAAGUAAAAAUGAGGAACAUAAAAUAAUGAGUUCAAUGGGUAGUGACAAUGUAGAUGAAUCAAUGAGAGUAUAUUUGGUAUGCCACAAUGGAAUGAUCGAUGUUCAUAACAUUUCAUCAAUAGAUUCUAGUUAAGGGAGAGCCCGCCAGCUAUCUUGAUUUUGAACGAUAAAUUAGUACGUGUCACUGACGAAUCAAGAAUUGCAUAAACAAAAAAUGGGCUGCUUAAUAAAAGCUUUGAUGGAGACUGCAAAAUUGGAAGUCCAUGACCCAUUGCGUAGUAACCAUAUCAAUGAGUCUAAAGAUGACAAGAUUUCGAUGGAUUCGAUAAAGGAGGCUUCAAGUGUUUUUCUGCUCUCAUUUGGGCUUCUGUUGAUGCUAUUGAAGUAUGGAUUACGCUUGUUUUGAAUAUGUGAGUGCUAGAAGGAAGUUUUAUUUAGAAGGCCUGUGCCUUUGUUCUAGUUUGCAAAAGAAAAAUCCAAAAGCUCUAUGUUUGAUUUCAAUCCGUCUUUUUAUUCGGUCCCUAAAUGAGUUGCUCUUUGUGUGUUUUAUUAGAUUGUCUCUGUUAUAAGUCUUCCAAAAAUUUCAAUACAUGUUUAUGCCUCCCUAUAUGUAAGCAUACACUAGUAACAUGUUAGCUCGAUAUGCAUGAUUCAAAAAUUAAACAAAUUGGGCGAAUUUCACUUUAUGGAAAUAAGCACAUAAACUCCUUAUGGUUUGUGGGCUAAACAUAGAAUUUGAAUUUGAAUUUGAGUUUUGAAUGUAUAUGACACUUGUCUGGUGAAUAUCAUAGAGCAUUGAAGGCAUGUGAAAUAUGGAAAUAUGGUUUGAAGGUGCAUCUGUCUUUAAUAUUUUUGAAUAAUUUGAAUUUUGUUCCUAUUGAUGCAAGCAUUCCAAUGACAGGAUGUAAUCAUCAAUAUGUUGUUUUUUUGGGUCGUUCGGAAAUGUUAAUGUGUUGCCAAAAAUUGAUUCUGAUAAGCAAAUGUAGCCUUUUAAGUGUUUUUUUAAUAUUUAUUUACCUUAUUGUUCAAUAUUUUGUUACUUGAUAUAGCUGAAUGUUACCAUGACUUUCUUAUAUUUAAAUAUGUUAUCCACUCAACGGUUAGUUUUUGAAUUUAAUAUCAUAAAGGCUAGUUUCCAUGAAUUAUUUGUUUCUAAAUAUUUAUCUUUUAACGGUUAGUUUAUUUGGUACAUCACGAAACAAAGAUAUUUCAUAGCAUUUUAUGGAUAGAUUUUGUCUGAGAUAGAGUCCAUCUGCUAUGUUGAUUUAGAUUGACAAGAAAAUUCACGUUUCGAACGAAUCAACAAUUGUUGAAACAAAAAUGGGGCUGCACAAUAGAAGUUGGGUAUCGAAACUAUAAAAUUGAUAUUCGACAACCUAUUACAUACCAUCCCAGCUUUUGAAUAUGACUGCAAUGAUGACGAGAGAUGGUUGGAUUAAACAGUUAAAAAUUGUUUGUCACUAUUUAUUUGGAUUUCUAUUAAUGCUAUGGAAGUAUUUGGAUUAUAUUUGUUUUGAAUCUAUGAGUAGCUGCAAAAUAAGUUGUAUUUGGCAAGGCUUGUGCCUUUCUUCUAGUUUGGAAAAGAAAAUCAGCUCUGUUCCUUCACUUGAAUAACUUUGUUAGCAAAUACUUAUUUAUUCCAUUUAUAUAUAUAUAUAUAUAUAUAUGUCUACAUUCUUAUAAAUGUACUAAGGAAUAAUGAAAAAACACUUAUAAUUAUACAGUCAUGAGAAAAGCUCCAUCUUUCUGGCAAAAAGUAGCUCUCUCUCUUCCUUUUUUAAUUUUUCUUUAUCUUUCUUGUUCUUCAUCCUUUCCUUCCAGAAAAUGUUUUAUAUUAAACCAUCUUUAAAUAAAUGCAGUGUCUACACUUGUUACUCUUCUUACUUGCUAUCAGAGCAAUAGAGAAGAAAAGAAGAAGAAGAAAGAUAUGUAUCUUCUUUUUGCUUUCAUUCAUAUAAAUUCCCUUGUGCGUUUUCCUCUUUUUUCAUGGAAUCGAAACUAUGGCUAAUUCCACCUUUGUUUUUCCUCAACCUGAUGUUGAUUCUUCUUCCAUUCUUACUGCACCGUUCUGAUAAUUAACAUGGUGCCAUUAAUCUUGUUUCCAAUCCUGAUUCACAUGUAAUUAGGAUUUUUUAAUGACACGAUCCCAAAACCUGUUUCUUUUUUUUCUUUUUUUUUCUUUUUUAGAAUUUAAUUUUUUAUUAUAUCUUUGAAAACAGUCUAUCAUAUGGUUGCUCUCUUGGUUGCCAAACUCUCUUUAUGAAGGACCUUGCACAUUCACUACUAGGAAACAUAUGUUCUACUGUCACAAUUACUUAUUUUUAUGAGAAAUAUAUUUAUAUAUAUUGCAAUUGCACAUUGUGAUAGUCCAGGGUUGCCAAAAGCAUUUGGAACAGCAGGAACACCAUCUCCAACCUUUUGCAAUGGUGUAGAUAGAAGAUUUGAGGUUCAUGUAAUCAGUGAAGUCCCAGACACACCAAGCCAAUUGAAGAUUCAUUGCAAAUCAAGCGACAAGGAUCUGGGAGUGCAAUUGAACAACGGUCAAGAUUUCCGUUGGAGUUUAAGGGAAAAUUUCUUCGGAACUAUUCUCUACUUCUGCAGGUUCUGGUGGAAUACCUUGGAGCGCCAUUGUCAACGACAAGAGGAGCUGUGGCUUUGUGUCUGGUCAGUGAGACCAGAUGGUUUCUAUUUAGGAAAUGGUAUAUGGCAUAUAUUAUGGACACUAAUGAAGAGGAGAGAGUUAAGGUACAACUCAUUCCGAAAGAACCUGAGAGGAAAUCAUUAUCAGCAACACAUGCAAACAAUCUUCAAUUUUUUUUCCUCCCCAGUGAGACGGAUCAUCUUUGGUCCUUCAAAAAUAUGUGAAGAAUUGGAUAUCAAUUGAUGUACCAUUCCAGGAUAAGUGAUGACAUACCACUUGACAAAGAUACUAGCUUUGAGAUUGCAACUUGAUAUGCCAAUUUUUGAAAGGUUUUUAAAAGCAGAAUCAAACAGUUUGCAAACUUUGAAUUUUUAUUUUUGUAAAAUUUUAUUUUCUAUGUACUCAUUAUGAUUUGGGAAUAGAGUAUCUUUGAUGUGUGGAUGUCAAUUUUUUUC